GUGAAGAUGAUCGCCGACACGACCGAGGUGAAGCUGCGUAUUCGCGAGAGAUACGUCGUGCAGAUCACGCCGGCGUUCAAGUGCUCCGGCGUGUGGCCGCGGUCGGCGGCCCACUGGCCGAUACCGCACAUCCCGUGGCCGCAUCCGAACCUGGUGGCGGAGGUGAAGACGGAGGGCUUCGACCUGCUGUCGAAGGAGAGCGUGGCGCUUCAAGGUAAGCAGUCGGCCAUGGAGGGUGACGCCUGGGUCUUAUCUUUCACGGAAGCGGAGACCAGGCUGCUGCAGGGCGGCUGCCGCAGGAAGUGUCUCAGCAUACUGAAGACCCUGCGCGACCGGCACCUCGACCUGCCCGGCAACCCGGUCACCAGCUAUCACAUGAAGACGCUGCUGCUGCACGAGUGCGAGAAGCAUCCCCUCGAAACCGAGUGGGACGAGGUGUGCCUGGCCGAUCGUAUAAACGGCAUCUUCUUACAGCUGAUAUCCUGCCUCCAGUGUCGCCGAUGUCCUCACUACUUCCUGCCGAAUCUCGACCUCUUCAAGGGAAAGUCGCCCAGCGGCCUGGAGAACGCCGCGAAGCAAGUCUGGAGACUCACGAGGGAACUGCUGACGAACAGCCGCGCUCUGGAGAAGCUUUAGCGUCUUCCUCCACGCCAUUGCGAGACGCACGAGCAGGGAAUCGAUCGAUGACUCGUGGGGGGGACUUCGGCAACGUCGCCGUCGCGUGAUACAGUAUUCGCAGUUACUGCUAUUACUUAAUACACACUUGUAUCAAGGGCUUAUUAGGAACGGUGCACUUUUGCCUCCGACCGCAUGUAAGCCACUUCGAACUAUACUCGUUUUCCUUUCAAUAACAAUCACGAUUCGACGAGCAAUAACGGUUCUCGGAUAAGCAGCCGGCCUUCGACUUCGUUUGCCUCCUCCUCUCCCCGCCGGUUCGAGUAGUCGUGUGAAAGUUCAACCGCCCAAUCGUCGUUAAGGGUUUAGUUCUAAUACGAAUUCGCAAUGCGCGUCGAUUGGUCCGACUGAAAUCAGUUCUUUGGUCCAACGGUGGAUGAUUUCUUUUCGACCGCGUCGAAUUGUCAACGUUGCUGCCACGAUGAGACACGGGAGAAAAUUACGAAGAGAUGUUACAUCGGGCGCGCGUAAUAAUAGGACGCGCGAAAAAUCCGGCGAAAUUCAUGCGAACGAAGAAGCUUACGAGCGGAUGAAAGGCUAACUUAUAUUAAAUCGAACGAUUAGAAAUAGAGGAAUUAUGAUUUCGUCGCUAGAUCGCUGGAUAAAUUUGGAAGACGUGCCCCCCGUCUUCUGGAUAUUUCGCAACCUUCCGUACAAAACUUCCGCCAACGAAUAUUUCCGCACCCGAAAACGUAUAUUUCAACGAGAUUAAUCGGUUUCUCGCUCUCCGAGUUACUCGCGACAGAAUGAACGAAAGUAUGCGAUACACUUGAAUUAAGUAUCAAUACGAUUAACUGUUUAUACAACACGAAGAGUAAUGCGAUUUGUUGUCUUUAUUGAUUGAUAUUUAUAAUCGGUUAGCGGCGAGCUUCCGACGGUAGCUAGAUCACUCAUUGUUACACACACACGUGUAUGUACAUAUUUUCCUUUCGCAUUAUUUAAAUAAUAUUUAUUUUAUUACCGGGUUAUUAUUUGGAAGAUAUAAAAUGUAAAUAACAAAUAAAUGCAUUUAUCACACGCAUCAUCAAUGAAACGAGCGUUCACCUUCAAUGAAGCGACACAUUACCUCCCUUGAAAUUACGUCCGAGCGAAGUUGAGAGAUUUAAGUCGUCAUGUUAACUCGAUAAAUUAUCGUUACAAUAUUCCAAGCAACAUUACAAUUACACAUCUUCUUUUAAUCAUUGGGAUAUUCGUGUUACGCAAAAGUAUUAAUGUGGUUUUACGCGAUAGUUGUGAAAUUGUGCUAUUUGCUUUGGGGAAAGAUUAUUUCUUAACUCGACGAACUUUGUGAAGGAAUUAACAUUACCUGAAUCGUAAAUAUCGCGU